CUCAAAAUGGGCUACGAAUAUGGAAAAGGCUUGGGAAAGCUCCAGGAGGGCAGGGUGGAGCCAGUAACGGCGGUGGUACUGCCCAAAGGAAAGUCUCUGGAUCAGUGUGCUGAGUUGACCCAGAGACGCACCCAGAGCAAGGCUGCCAAGGACGGCGCACAAACAGGUCGCCCAAAGCGGCGAAGAAAGCCUCGGGUCGCUACCAGAGGGGGCCAGACCGUUUUUGACUUUCUCAACCACAAGCUUGGAGGCAAGACCGCUCAUCCUCCCGAGGGGGGUGCUGUUGCGCCAUCAGCGGCAACCGGAGUGGAGGCUUACCGGGGAGGAAAAAGCACCAAGAGGAGUCUGAACGUGAGGCUGUUCCAGGCUGCCGAGAGGGUGUCCCAGACCGAGAGGGAGAUCCAGAAGCUGAGCGAGUCACUCAGCAGACAGGCAGGCAGGGACCCAUCCAUAGUGAAGCAGUUGGAGGAGAAACUGUCAGCAGCCCGCCGGCUGUUGGUCCAGCAGAAAGCCCAGGAGCUGUCCAUCCAGAGAGAGCACAAGAAGGCCGACACACACAAGAAGAUGACUGAGUUCUGAGCUCAGUUGUCUCUCAAAGACAUGGAGGAUAAAGGAAAGCACCGUGAGCCUGAAAUGAACUUUUGCUCCCGCCCUUAUGUCAGGUUUUUUUUUUUUUUUGCUACACUGUAUUUGAAGACUCUUGUUUUUUUUCCAGCCGUUUCUCACCGCCGUCUCUUGAUGCAGAGUGAAUCCGCUGCUCUUCAUUUAUUUUUAAGCGCUGGCGCAUUAUCCGCUCAGCAUUGAUGUUUUUUUGAUUUUCAGCUGCACAGGUCUCAAUAAUGUUCAAGAAUAUUUUUCAUUUUUAAUGAACUUUUGUUUUCCUAGCUGUAUUUUUCUUUACCCGAACUGAAGAAAGAAAAAUAUAUAGCUUGUUUGGAGAACCUAUUGUGUGCCUUCCUUUGUUCUUAACCGCGCACACCUGAGCUCCACUGUAAACUGAAUGGACUGUGUAACAGAAUUUGUAAUGUGCUCCCAUUGUUAGGCUUCUCUGGCAGAGGUUUCGAUCGCUCUGGCCGAGCACCGCUCCAGUGGUUGGUGCUGUAUACUUGAACUUUCAUACUUUUAAAAUUACAUCCUCAGGAGUUGGAAGACCUUUGCAGAGUUUUGAAGUUACGCCCACGCCUCUUACGGCUCGUACACACCAUCUUUGAAGUUGCAAUCGUAACCUUUCUGUUAAAUAAUGAAUUUGGAGAGCAGCCUGCCUGCUCAUAAAGUCUGACACACAUUGUCUGUGGGGUUGGGUGGUGGCUACGUGAAGUAAAAGGUUGCAGUCGUGGUGCUGGGCAACUGUAGAUCAGGCCUUCGUCCUUUUAUAAGCGACUUCAAAACUGAUGUGGCGAGGCAUAAUAACGCUAUUACUUCAAUUUCUAAACACCUCCAUUUAACAUCUCAAAUGAGUCCAGUGAGGUUUAGUGUGAGUCGGAGACCAUGACAGACAACUAGAUGAACUGGUGAGCAAUCAUAUCGUCCCUGAAGGAAGACAGAUUGUACAACCACGCUAAAGCAGUAACAGCUGCGGUGAGAUACAGUGUAAGCCUGUGCACGGGGGUCUACUGGAGAAGGCGGGAAAGCCACAGAGGCAGAACUCCUAAACCUUCUUCUCUCCGUACCCUGAGGGAAGCCCCCGCUUGCACCUCGGUCUGUUGAGUGACAGCACUUUGACUGCUGAUGACUGCAGGGGUGACGCUGAAUUCGCUGAUCAUGGGCUAAAUGCACUAUGUGUGUUGAUUUAAUAGGAUCCCUUGAGGGUCUGUGCUUCACGCUUUACCCCAUUUAUGAGGGUCCAGUCAGUGCCCAGCUAGAGGCAGACUCACUGCGUGUCCUACUGUGGGUGUGCUGUCUGCAUGGUUGGGUGUAUGAGUGCACCACACACUCCCACAGACACUCGUGCCAUAAGAAUUUGCUGGGGCAGUUUUUAACUGCACUUCGCGGAGCCUCACAAUUAUGUGAGGUGAAAUUACUUCUAUUACUGUAUGUUACUUGUGUUCGUAUUAUAUAGGUAACACAUUACUCUGCUCAUUUUUACUUGCUUUUAACUUUUUAAAAGAGUGUUACUCUGAACAUGUAGGUCAGCUGAGCUUUCUAAUGUUUUUGUUUAAUACUCCUGAGAAAAGUGUGUGUUUUUAUGCCCUAUUCAUUAGGUUUCACAAUCACUGUCACAAAUAUUGUAAAUAUUUUCUUAUGUACAGUCAUAUACAGGGUAGGAAAUAAAGACAUAUGGUGCAGGUGGAUGUCAUUCUAGCACAGACAGGUUUAUUGGCACACAUCUUACAGAUUAAAAAAAAAACCAGGCCAACGUUAUAAAAGUAUAAGGUUAUUAUCAGAUAUCUGGUUCAGUCUCUUACAGUGAACCUCACGCAUGAAUACAAAUGUCUCACUUUCUUUGUGAUGAAUAUUGCUGAAAACUGUGAACUGAUUCAGUUAUCUAGCAAACUAUUUCGUGUCUGAACUCACAGAAUAGAUUAUUAAAGUCAUGCUAACUGUCUCAGUGUUCCAGUUUUUACACUUAGUGGUGUUCCUGAGCUAAUAGGCUUUGAAAAGGUGCAAGUAAAAUCCUGCCAAGGGCUAGAGACCCCUGCACCUGCUCUGGCUGAUCUUAAAGCCCCAGAGCUGGGCUCCAACCUGUGGUCUCACCUCCAGCUGACCCUCCAGCUUGAGGCUGAUUUGUUUCAUUAACACGGAGGAAAUGAAAUAGGACUUCCAGUAUUAAGUAAAUAGUCAAAACUGCUUCGAUAUA